GACAACGAGACGCAUGAAAGCCUGCGCAGCCUGCGCCUCACAGCCACAGAGGAGAUGGCCGUCCUCGGGGCUGCACCUCCUUCGUCCUCCUCUCCCCCAGCCUCCCCCUCUUCUCCCCCAUCCUCGGUCCCACCCUCCCCCAGCAAGAAGCGAGAGAACGGCUCCGUGUCCAAGCGACCGGUCACACCGAGUAGCCAGGUGCAGAAGCCCACCAGGAGGUCCCCAUCAAAGGCUGCGAAGAAGGAGGCCCUUGUCCAGACUGAAGCCCACACCGAGGCCCAGUCCCAGUUACGGGCGCAAGUCAACCAGUCCGAGCUCGUUCCACGUCUGUGCCACUUGGUGCGGUCUGAGGCAGGCUACGGCUUCAACCUCCACAGUGAUCGAUCCCGGCCCGGACAGUACAUCCGCUCCCUAGACCCAGGAUCAGCUGCAGCCCGCGCCGGGCUCCAGCCUCAGGACAGGCUGGUUGAGGUAAAUGGUGUGAACAUCGAGGGCAUGCGGCAUGCAGAGGUGGUGGCCUUCAUAAAGAAAGGGGGAGAUGAGACCUGGCUGUUGGUGGUGGACCCAGACACAGACGAACACUUCAAGAGGAGGGGGGUUGUCCCCACGGUCAGCCAUCUCAAAGACUAUGAUGGUCCAUCCAUAUCCAACGGCUCCCCCAACCCUCAGAUCAAUGGCAGCUCCACCACACAGUCCAUCCGGUCCACGCACUCCGACCUCAGCAGCCAGGGCAACAGCACACAGCUGGCAGAUGAUGAGAGCAGCCCGCUGUUGGACCCGUUCGCUGAGAUAGGCCUGAGCGCUACGGCAGCAGAAGAAAAGAUGAAGGUACAUGCCAAAGAAAAAAAGAAAGCGCCGCAGAUGGACUGGAUGAAGAAGUACGAGCUGUUCAGCAACUUCUGAGACAUUCCCCUCCAAGGACACUUCAAACACCAAAGGACAGAGAUAGGAGCUCUUUGCAGCCCUCUGCGUGGACGAGCAUUGUGGGAGAAUGUCCUUACUACACAGAUCCCUAGAACCAAGAUCCCCCUUACAGCAGAAGAGAUUUAGUUCCUGGACAUAAAUGUGACAAAACAGAUGAGUGGUACAAUGGAUUCUACUUUUUAAGCCACUUCAUAGACUCUUUAAAAGCCACUUUUCCCUCUUCAAAGUGCUUACUGACUGCAAAAACUGUGCAUACUUUGCUAAAACUGUUCUGCACACUGUGCUGAAGGAAGAGCAUCUUAAACGUACAUGUAUUUCUAUCCGAUGGGAUUAUUGCAAACAAGUUUUCACACAUAUUCCUAAAUCCCCAUCGCUUUUUCUCUACCUUAAUCAUCCCAUUCUCCCCGCUCCGAGAGAAUUAUUUCAAACUAAUGAGGGAGACACUUAUUUUUAUAUUUUAGAAGUAUAAACAACUAUUAAAAAAUAGUAUCCCAUCAUCAUGGACUGAAUUUUAAAGAGUUUAAUGGACACUGUGACAUUUAUGAUUGUGGACAUUUAUGGGAAUUUUGGCCAGAAAUCAGUCAGAGGAAGCCCAAAGCUGGCAGAAGAUCACUGUGAAAGAAUCAAAACCCUCCACCUCCAGCCCCCGCAGAUGCUUGAUAUUAACCAAUGACAAAGAAAAGAAUGGCUGUGUGUACUUGUUGUGUGUAACGUAUCCUACAUCUCUUUUUACUUUUACAUAGAGCUAAACUGAUCAGCCCUGCUUUAGUCAAAAAGAAUUCAUGCUAUCAUAAUACGUGUAUUACCUCAUUUCCCAAAGUGCUCCAGUGCAUAUGUGCAUAACAAAGGGAAGCACCACUAACAGUACAUGUAUUGAUAAGACAAAAAUGGAAACUGGAAUGUAAAAGAAAGGAAGAUCUCUCAGGACACAUGGCAUUAUGAAUGAGUUGGUCAUUAGAGAAGGUGUAAUGUGCACACCAGAGGGCAAACUUGCACCAGAAAUAGAGGCCCCCUUUUUGUCACUUAAACUAAACAGAACAGAUGUUUAUCCACAGCCGUUUUAUGAUAGUUGUGUUGGACUUUUCAUAGUUAAUAGCAGUAACUUCCUACAGUCUUGCAUAUAACCCCCUGUAAAUCUGCAAAUCGUAGUUUUUUUUACACCUUUUGAAUAGAUUAAACAAACAAGAUAUAACAUGUUAGUGAGAUUUAGAUAGAGCCAGGCUAGCUGCUUCCCCUGUUUCUGCUAUAAGCUAAGCUAAGUGGUUGCUCACGUUCACUUCAUAUUUAUGGUAUAGACCCGAGCCGAGAGUGGUCCUAUAUUCCACCAGGAAGCCACUUAGAGUAUUUCCAAAAGGGUCAUACCAUCCCUUCAACAAGGGCCAGGAAAGGAAGGGAGAUUAAUUCUGUUCUGUUAACUAAGUUUAGCUGACAUAUUUGAAGCUAAACCUAGUCAUAAAAGAAACACACAGCAGAUAAAGGGGUGAAGGAAUCAGCUACAACAUGAGCAGGUUGUCGGGAGGAGGGAGCGCAGGAGAAGCACACAGUGGGGUCAGAGAUGCUCUGGAGGAUCUAGUGAAAGAGACGGUGGGAGCCAUAGAGCUUACUGAGGAUUAUUACACAUACAGGGACAGCUGUCAUGCACAUGUUCACAUACAUUUGGAGCGCAAUGUGUGUGUGCAGAGAAGGUAUACAUGCCGCAAUCUGAGCAACAAGUGGGACUGCAAGUUAGAGAAGUGUCAGUCAUCUAUGUAGACAUCUUGUCUUUUUUUUAUACCCAUUCACACCCUUACUAGUCCUCCAUCUUUGAAUAUCAGUCUGUGUGCAGUAGGGCCCUCUCUGUAUGUUCUGACCAUGGACUGUAUAUUAAGGCUAUGGUUGUGACAGUGACAGCAAAAAAAAACUCAUGUUAUGUAUAUACAGUAAAAGCAUACAGUAUAUAUGGCAGGUUGCAUUUUCUUUUUCAAUAAAGUAUGUCAAUGGCGUUUUUUGAAUAUAUUAAA